AUGACGUCCUCACCACCUCCAUCAGUGACCGCACCACCGUCUUCACCACCAGUGAAUGAUUUCAGAUCUGGAACCUUCGUUACCUUGUCUCAUAUGCAUCUUUGGUGUACUGCCGUCUUCUCCUAUCACCUAUCUGGAUUAGAUCUCACUCGAUCUACAUUAGAUAUCACGAAAUCUUCAUCAGAUUUGAAUCAUAAACCACCACCACAAAUCAGAUAUCGAUCCAGAAGUUAUCACCAUGAACCACCACUAAAAACAACAAUUGAUGUUGUUGGGGACAUGAAACCGACCGCCACUGCUUUACUAUCACAAUAUAGAUUUGAAACCGACCACCAACAAAUAUCUGUCCAGUACAACGGGCACUUCUUCCCGAGGCCAUUUACGUAUUUUGAUCCAAAUAAAAAGGAGAUAAGGUACGCUGAUUUCAGGGACAAAGGGUAUUCCGAGUUCAUUGCUCACCUAGAGCUGAUUACUAGAAGGAUGUGCAAAGAUGUAUACUAUUGUCCAGACGGCCAAACAUUGUGUCAAGGAUUUGCCACAUUGCAAAACGAUUGUGAUCAUCAUGAAUUUCUUGAGUAA